ACAAUUAAGAACCAGGAUAGCUUUAUCGCCCCUUCGGUUCUCUUAUCUACGGGGGAUUCUUCUCAAUGUAGACAAUAUUUACAUUCCCUGAAGCUGACGGGCGAGGCUAGCGCCUUCCGUACCCGCAGACCACGAAUGACACCCUUGCGCUACAGUGUACUACUGCAAUAUGUGCACGCUUGGUCCUGCAAACUUCCCUUCCAGAUCUCCAGAUUUUUCAUUAUGGGUUCUCGGCCUCUCCGCUGGAUUGGGUACCCAAUGAUAAGGGAUUCAUCGAUGUUGUUGGUAUCGAGUGAUCCUGACUGGCGACUUCCGGGAUUUGGGUCCUGUUUAUAAAGUCUGUACGACCCCGGGAGAGCAAAGAGAGGUCAGAUUUCUAUACAUCAUCACGUGUGGGAAAGAUGGAUAUCAAGCACGUUACGGAGGAUUAUCCGUCGGAUGAGAAGGCGGUCCCAAGAUACGAUGUUUCAACGAGUGAAGAUGGGAUCAUUGUCGAGAAUGUCGACGAUCUGCAGCGGAAGCUUAGUGGGAGACAAAUUCAAAUGAUCACAAUUGGAGGAUCGAUUGGUACUGCGUUGUUCGUCAGCAUCGGAUCGGGUCUGAUUCAAGGUGGUCCGGGAAGCUUGCUCAUUGCUUUUGUUAUGUAUUGUGUCUGGCUUGCUGCUGUGAAUAACUGUAUGGCUGAGAUGGCUGUCUUCAUGCCAGUGAGUGGAUCCUUCAUUCGAAUGGGAAGUAAAUGGAUCGAUGAAUCUUUUGGGUUCAUGCUUGGAUGGAACUUUUUCUUGUAUGAGGCCGUCUUGAUUCCUUGGGAGAUCAGUGCUCUCAAUCUCGUCUUGACAUUCUGGAGAGACGAUAUCCCACUCGCCGCUGUGUGCGCUGGAUGCAUCGUUCUCUAUGGAAUCAUCAAUCUCUUCGCUGUGAAGUGGUAUGGAGAGUCCGAAUUCUGGCUUUCGUCUGGAAAACUGGCUCUCAUCAUCAUGCUUUUUUGCUUCACGUUCAUCACAAUGGUCGGUGGUAACCCCAAGCACGACGCCUACGGUUUCCGAUAUUGGCGAGAACCGGGAGCAUUCGCAGAGUAUGUUACGACAGGUACUCUAGGUCGAUUUGAAGGUUUCCUCGCUGCCUUGUGGAAAGCUGCCUUCACUAUUGUUGGUCCUGAAUAUAUUGCCAUGAUGGCAGGCGAAGCUUCUCACCCCAGAAAGAACCUAAAGAGAGCUUUCAAGACCAUCUACCUUCGAUUCGGCCUCUUCUUCAUUGGUGGUGCUUUGGCAUGCGGCAUCGUUAUUCCCUAUACCGACCCAACGUUGAACAGCAUUCUCUCGGGCGACAGCUCUGCGAGUGGAACCGCGGCUUCUAGUCCAUACGUGAUUGCAAUGCAGAAUUUGGGUAUCGGUGUCCUUCCACAUAUCACGAAUGCCCUACUUGUUACCUCUAUCUUCUCUGCUGGAAACUCCUACGUAUACUGCGCGUCUCGAACCCUCUACAGUCUCUCGCUCGACGGUCACGCUCCACGCUUCCUGCAAAAAUGUACUAAGAAAGGUGUCCCAAUUUGGUGUUUCUGUGUAACGAUGAUCUUUCCAUUUCUCAGCUUCUUAGCUGUAGGGACUAGUUCAGCACAGGUCAUUACUUGGCUAGCAAACUUGACAGAGGCAUCUCAGAUCAUAGACUACAUUUGCAUGUGUUGGAUCUAUCUGUAUUUCUACCGUGCUCUGAAAGUACAAGGAUUUGAUCGCAAGGAUCUUCCUUAUGUAGGAUUGGCCCAGCCUUACUGUGCGUGGUUUGGACUUGCGACCAUGACUUUCACGGUUAUCAUGUAUGGAUAUGCGACUUUCUUGCCAGGAUGGUGGGAUGUCGGAACCUUUUUCUCAUACUAUACUAUGUGUUUUGUUUGUCCAAUCCUCUACGUGGGGUGGAAAGUAGUGAAGAAGACGAAGAUGAUUCCGCCCGAAGAAGCAGAUCUAGUAUGGGAAAGACCUGUCAUUGACGCCUAUGAAGCCAAUACGUUGGAGCCGCAUAUGACUUUCUGGGAAGAAUGCAAGAUGAUGAUGGGUUGGAAGAAGAAGGAAGAGCACAUCCAUUCAGCUUAGGACGUUCUAUACUUGGUAGACACGAUUGACGAAUCCAAAUUUUCGCCUUUUAAUUGAAAGAAUGAUUCGACUAGGAGGUAUUGCGAUGUGAAAACGAAUAUCUUACGCAGUUUGAUACAUCAA